AUGGCUUUGGCUCAAACAUUAGGUCUUGGCGAUAAAGAAAUCACAGCAAUGUUACCAAAGACAGUCCCUGCAAACAAUGCUCUCUUUGUUGGUUUGAGAUAUUUCGGAGAACCAGCUGAACAGUGCCGCAAAGAUCUCAAGAUUCCUUACAUUUCAUGUGAAGUUGCGAACAAAAGCUCACAGGAGAUCUUAGACUGGAUCAAACAGACAGGAAAGUCUAAAAUCCUUAUUCACUUCGACUUAGAUGUUUUAGAACCAACUCAACUUAAAAUUGCAGUUGGUUUUGAUCCAGAUGGUCUCCGUAUUGAAGCUGUUACUCGUAUUAUCAGUGAUGUUGCUAAGAACUAUGAUCUUGUCGGCCUUACUGUUGCUGAACCAAUGCCACGUGAGGUUAUCAAACUCCGUGCAUUACUUCAUAGCCUUCCAAUCUUCUAA